UUUCAGUUUCCUAUCAUCAUUAACAUGACUUACGUAUUUCGUGUAGUUUAAUUCAAAUAAAUAAACUAACUUGUCCACUACAGUGUUAGUGACAAGAAUUUAGUUUAACUGAACAAGUGUUUGUUAUUUACCAAGUUAUUCAUGUGUGAAAUGUUAUAAUUGGUGACAUAACCUAUAAUCUUAUAUCGUGCCUUAGUACUGUAAAGUUUAUAAACCCUCGUCAUAGUUUAAAAGGUUGAAUAAAAUGGAAAAUGAAAGAAUCAGAAACGUUAUCCGUGUGGGUUCAAGGAAAAGCGAGCUGGCGCUCAUACAAACAAACUAUGUAAUAGAUUGCUUGAAGAAAGUGUAUCCAGAUAAAGAAUUUACAUUAGUAACCAUGACAACCCUGGGUGACCGUAUACUUGAUGUGUCGCUCCCGAAAAUCGGGGAGAAAUCACUCUUCACAAAGGACCUUGAAGACGCAUUGAGAAAUAAUACUGUAGAUUUUGUAGUUCAUUCUUUAAAAGAUUUACCGACAACACUACCAGAUGGACUGGCUAUAGGAGCUGUUUUUGAGAGAGAAGACCCGAGAGACGCGCUAGUCGUGCGGGAAGAUAUCAAGGAAACCACACUCGCUGACCUUCCAGAAGGUUCAGUCAUUGGUACAUCAUCAUUACGUCGAACAGCACAAUUAAAAGGUAGUUACCCUAAACUAAAAGUGAUCGACGUUAGAGGGAACCUUAACACGCGGUUAAGGAAACUCGACGAUCCUACAACGGAAUACAGCGCAUUAUUGCUUGCACACGCCGGCUUACAACGUAUGGGAUGGGGAAAUAGGGUCACUAAGGUGUUACCAUGUUCAGAAAUGAUGUACGCAGUGGGCCAAGGGGCUUUGGCGGUAGAAUGUAGAGCGGAUAACGAAGAGAUCCUAGAAAUGUUGGCGCCUUACAACCACGUGGAAACGUAUUGCAGAGUCUUGGCUGAGAGGAGCUUUUUGAAGACUUUAGGUGGCGGUUGCAGCGCCCCCGUAGGAGUUUCGACCAAACUAAAAAAACUAGACACGAAUUUCUCUCUAACCAUAUCUGGAGGUGUCUGGAGUUUAACGGGAGACACAAGGAUAGAUCACACGCUCGAACAAACAUUCGAACAAAUAAAGAAAACACAGAAACACAAACUAAGCCCCACAGAAGAUGAACCCAAAAAGAAAAUCAAAGUAGACGAAACUAGAACGGAUAAAAACUACAAUCCCUUGGAAGAAAUGGACAGAAUGAUAAAGGAAAGGCGGGGAAAUUUAAGCUGUGUUGAUACAAGAACUCCAGAAGAAAUUAAAGCACUAUCGGAAACUAUAUUUUGUGGUUUGACAGAAAAUAAAAGUAUUCCGCUCGAUGUGAUUCAGAAAUGUGAUAGUUUAGGUCGAGAUCUGGCAAAUGAAUUGAUAUCUAAAGGCGCUUUAGAGGUUAUGAAGGUAUCUCAAGAUAUUAUAAGAAGUUCUGUGCAAUCUUGAUGUUCCGACGCAAUUUUUUUAUAUUUUAUUGAAUUUUAAAUUUUGCUCAUAUAGGAAAAUUAUUUUUUUUGUAAUUGAUAUACGGUAGUAAAAGCUCUGGCAAUAUGAAAUUAAAAUGUAUGCUUUCAAAAUAAAUUUGCAAUAUUUAUGUUGAGCAUACAAAGAAAAAUGUACAAAUUUUUAGUAAAUUUUUGUUGUCGGUUUUAAAGAA